UCAGAUUUUUGGGGAGAGAGAUGAUUGGGAGAGGAAGAAGCUCGGGAAGACACUGUAAAGAGAGAGAGAGAAUGUGAGAAGAAGCUCAGAAUUGGAGGAAGGGAGAGGACGAGGAAGAAGGUGUUGGAUGGGUAUUUAAAAAUUGGGUGGAUUUAAAAUAUCGCGAUAAAUUGAUGUUAAAAUAUCACGAUAAAUGUAAUUAUUAUCAAAUUUAUCACGAUAAAAUUGAUCCCUAUCCUUAGUUCACAAGAACACGGAUGUGUGCUUGUGCUUGAUGAUCUCAAUUCUGCUGUCUGCGAGGAGAGGGAUAAAAAAUGAAAUUGCUGAAACUACUGGAAGAUGAGAACGAGGAAGAGUACCUAAUGCGAGAGCAAGCUAUGGCUGCCAAGCUCCACCAAGCCGCCAUGACCGGUUCCCUAUCCUCUCUCUCCCAACUCCUCCUCCAAGACCCCCAAAUCCUCUCCAACCCACCGCCUACUUCUUCCCUCUCGGACACCCCUCUCCACGUCGCCGCCUUCCUCGGCUACCUCCACUUCGCCGCGGAGCUGCUCCGCCACAACCCGGAUCUCGCCGGCGCCCUCAAUUCCCGCGGCUCCGCCCCGCUUCACGUGGCCGCUGCAAAAGGCUACGCGGAGAUGGCCAAGGACCUGGUGCUGGCGAAGCCGGAUGUGUGCUUUGUGCUGGAUCACGAUGGCCGGUCGCCGCUCCAUCUGGCGGCCAUCAAAGGCCGAGUUAGGGUUUUGACCGAGCUGGUCCAAGUCAAACCGGAGGCCGCUUGGGUGUUGACCGCCGGAGGGGAGACUUGUCUGCACCUGAGUGUCAAGUAUAACCGGCUGGAGGCCUUGAAGCUGCUGGUUGAUUGUGUGGAGAAAGAUGGGUUUGUGAAUUGGAAGGAUGGCGAUGGCAACACCAUUUUGCACCUUGCAGCCUCCAGGAAACAGCUUGAGAUUAUUAGAUUUUUGCUCGGUGAGACUACAAUUGAAGUGAAUGCAAGAAAUGCAAAUGGUUUGACUGCGUUGGACGUUCUAGCACAGAGUCCAAGAGAUUUAAGAGACAUGGAAAUCAAGGAAUAUCUUCUUGGCAGAGCUGCAAUAAGGGUUAACAGCAUGCCGCCUCUGCAUAUAGGUAAUGGCGAUACAGCAAUGGUUUCUUCAGUUACAGAGCCAGAAGACUUGCAGGAGGACGGCAGCACCAAAGAGCAGCCUAAGAAGCAUAAGCAUACAGACUGGUUGGCCAGGAAGCGCAGCGCGGUAAUGGUAGUGGCAUCGCUGAUUGCCACGGUAGCCUUUCAAGCCGCAAUCUCCCCGCCGGGUGGUGUCUGGCAAAACGACUCCCCUAAAGAUUCGAAGGAUCCAUACGAAGUGGGGCAGUCGGUGAUGGCCUUCACCAUUCCUGAAGCUUUCGGGCAGUUCAUGAUCUUCGACACGAUUGCUUUACUGGCAUCUCUGAGCAUAAUCUUGUUACAGAUCAGUGGAUUGCCGAUGAAGCGUCGGAGAUGGAUGUGGAGUCAAAUGAUCACCAUGUGGAUAGCAAUCACGGCGCAGACCAUAACGUACUUCAUUGCCAUUAUUCAGAUGACGCCGAAGCAUAUCAGGGCGGCUGUGGGAACACUCUAUCAGGUAACAAAGAUUGCGGUGUUGACAUGGCUGACGAUGAUCGCUAUUGUGCUGAUUGGUAACGGUGUGCGGGCUAUUUACUGGCUGCGCAGGGAGUAUGGGUAUAUGAUCAAAGAGAUUCUGCAAGAGCAUCAUGUUGGACAGAUUUUUAAAAGAAUGGUCGUAACAUUUUGCUUGUUUGGGAAGAGAUUCAAGUCAAGGAACUAGAGAUUAUAAUUUUUCAAAUUUUAUUUACACACAUGAAUGGUUGUAACCUUUAGUAAAAGUUGUGCCUCACUUGUUUUAAAUUUAAUUUAAGUGAUUAUAAUAUUUGGUGAAGGGGGUGUACUUUUGAUAAAGGGUUAUAAUAUACCAGAAUUAGUUAUAUUCUUUUA